AUGUUUCGUCCCAAUCUUAAUCAAGAUGACCAGGAAAGUCAGAUUGUAGACCCAGAUCACUUCGAUGGCCUUGACGUUCACCAACCCGGUAGCCACGAAGACUGCGGAAGCGAGGGACCUGGUCAACCACUCAGCCAUGACAAUGUGAGAUGGGUUGCUAGCCCCGAGCAAGACAGUCUUCGCUCCCGAAUUGAAGAGACCCAGAACGUUACCCUAGAGGUUGACACUCAGGCCGACACUCAGGUAAACGCUGAAGCUGCCCACCAAUCCAAUCACGAGAGCAUGCUAUCCCGGGUUGGAGAAACUCAACUCGCCGUCCUUGAGGCAGACACCCAAGCUAUUACCCAGCCCACCAAUGUAGCUGUCGAACAUGAUGCCCGUGAAGCCGAGAAUCGAGUGAUGGACGGCUUCUUUGACUUCAAUACACAGGAAGAAAAACAGAGCAAAGGAGCCGUCUUAGACAUCCGGCCCUCCAAUCUUCCAGCUAUCGGGAACAGCCCUUCUACACCGUUAUUUCAAAUCCAGCGUCCAAUCGCAGUCGAUCCUCAGGACAUUGCAGCCGACUUCAAGAUGUCGGUGGCGUCCAAGAACAAAUUUGUUAUUUCCAACAAGAAUCCUGUUGUUCGAGUCCAGCCUCAGAGCUCCGAUACUGGACUGCAUACAGAUUCGGCUUCGGCCACCACCCCAGGCUCAAUCGUCGACCGCCCAACAGUGCAUGCACUACCCCAAGCUGCUGCCAAAAACCACCAAUCUGCAUCGAAGGAGGAUGGAAACAAGAGUCGGCCUUCACCUCAAGAGAUUGUGAUUCCUGGUCCAAAAACCUCGGAGCACACCCCAUUACAGAUCUCAAGCAAUAAGUGCCUCGUAGAAGAUGCUCCGCCAGCAGUUUCGCGCUCUACUUCAAGCAGACAGCUGAUUGGACCGAGUCGAAGAGUUCUUUCAAAUUUUCGAGUAGCUGAUCGCACCUCAUCGGAUGUUUCAGAUCCCCAAGAAAAUGCAGCAGUCAGUCAUGAUAUUUCAACAGCUACUCGACUACCCAUCAACCUGCAGCAAACCCCACCCGCAGCCGGUUUCCCACCAAAAACAGGGCGCCAUAGUUUGAACACAAUUCGAAGUGAGAAUAUGCCACUGCCUGUUUCUCAACAAGAUAAUCCUGUUCGCAUCAGCAGUACCCCCUCAUCCGAGCCGGGCUUCAAAAGUGCAGUUCCAGGCCAAGGGCAGCCACCAAAAAGUGAUAACAGCAUUGGACUCCCCCCAGUGAUCAUAAUUUCCCGUAAUAUGGCUCAAAAUACACCUAUCUUCACACAGAAAGCCCCGUGGGAACCAGUCGUGUUCCCACUGCCAGAGCGAGAGCCAUUGACGCCUCUACGAGGGAGAAAAAAUCCGAGAAUUAUUUCAAGAGCUCAUAGCAAGAAUCUUCAGCGAAGAGUCCCUUUUCCUGAGGCUGCAACCCCUCAGAGCAACCAUUGCCACCCAUCAGAGCAACAGCGUCUCCAUUCGUCUGCACAAGAGACUAUUGUGCCUAACUCAGGGCACUUGAACAACUCUCUCAAAGAUGGCCCUGUUGCUGACACGUCUUCCAAGCACGAUGGGCCACAGCAAAUUGAUGCGCAAGCGCAGACGGCGGCAGCUCAAGGGAUCGCGCAAGACUUUGCACAGACAUUACAAAUUAAUGGUAGCCCGGAACUAUGGACCCAUCGUGUCUCUACGCAUGCUGAAGGUUCCGAAGCAGGCUUCAUCAACCAGCUUCAACAGCUUCCCCCGCAACAAAAUUUCAAUAAGACCAGUGAUCAGUGUCAUAUUCCUGCCACCUCUCCUAAUGGUGACCCUCGAAAUAUUGCAGAUGAUUCGGAGAACGCACUUGCAGGAGCAGACGAAGCAAAACUGAACGAUGGUCAUCACAUCGAACACGAGCCCUUGCCCGCUGCUGCCAUUGAUCAACAGUCUCCGGUACGAUCUGGGUCAGCUACUACAACACAGCCUCGGGCCCAAAGCCGUGUUCCUGAAAGCGACACUGUUCUUUCGGAAGCUUCUGGACUCCAUAGAGCUCCUUCUCGAGAAUAUCUUGAGGCGAGAGGACAGUCGCCGCAAAGCAACCAAGGGAGAGCUAUAAACAGACGUGCGUGUCUCGGCGAGACUACUUCUCAGGGUUACUUUGAAGUGGGUAUGAAUCCCCAUAAUGCAUCUAGAGUCAUGAAGGUCACGAAGGCGGUCAAUCGUCAAGCCCAGGGUAGUGGUGCAGUCCGCCCAAAUUCUCUAGCACCAAAGAAUGGCACUAUAUUGACCGGUUACCAAAACUUCCUCAAACAAGGUGUAGGAUUUGAGGAGGUCAUUAGAGGCUAUGAUGAACAGAAGGCGCUUAUAGAAUCUCAGCAACUCGAUAUAACGAAUCUUCAGCAGGCACAAGACUCAUCGAGAAAACAGAUUGAGGCAUUGGAAGCCCAGAAAGCAGAUCUCACACAGAAGAUACAAAAGUUUGCCGGUAAAAGUUCGAAGUACAAGAAUCACAUUAACGAUGUUGUGAAAUCUCAGAAUUUUCUAAAGAAAGAAGCAAAUGAGAUUCUUAAAGAAUCAUCUGAGAUCAGAGAUGCACUGACAGGGUACAUUGCUGCUCAAAGCAAGAAGGAGGCAAAUUUGGACCGGAUGAAGGCUGCUAUCCAAGAAGCCAAGAAGAUUGGUGCAGCCGUUCAGACUCUUGAGGCAAAGCUCUCAGCUGGCAUCAUCCAUCGAGAACCAGAAGCUUUGAAUACCCAGCUCCAGAAGGAUACUGAUCGACAACUUGAAGAUCAUCGAACAGUAAAUACCCAGCUCCAGAAGGUUAUUGAUCGACAACUCCAAGAUCUCUCUCGUGAAAGACAUGAAAAAGAGCAACUUCAGAGACAACUUGAUAGUCAGAAUGCCGUCUCCGAACGACUGGUUGAACAAAUGAAGCAGCUUCCUGGCGUGGUGUCCGAACAGCUUCAGCAGGAAGGGGCAAUCUUAGCAAAAAUACUUGGUGCAGAGAAUGCAACACACGCCAAGAUUAAUGAGGUUACAUCGCUUAUCAAUGCUCUGAACUCCCUCGAGCCAGAACCACCAGCGUCGCUGAUCAAGCUCAUUCAAGAUCUCUUCUCUAGACUUGAGAGCAGAGAAGAAAACUCGGAGGCUGGGCAUUCGUCUUUCCUGGAAGCUAAUUUCAAGGCUCUGGAAGAGCUCAAAGAGAGCCUACGGCAGAUUCGGCUCGAUAAAGACACCGAAAUUUCCUACACAAAUCGUAUCGCAAGCCUAGAAAAUUCCAAGGAUACCCUAUCUGCUGAAAAAUCCGCGCGUGAUCAAGAGAUCCUGAGUAUCACACAGCAGCUCGAGGAACUCAAGCGGGAAGCUGCAGAGUACCGCAAUCAGCUGAGCACCUACAAUGAAGAACUUUCUGCUGCUCGUGCUGUGCCCAAGGAGGAUCCUCGAUUGAAGGCGAAAAUCCAAGAGCUCGAAAGCGCCAAGAAUAAGAUCGAGGACCAGCUCAUGAGUGCCAAUCAGGAAGCAUCUGAGGCCAAAGAGGAGGCUAAUUCCAUACGCCAGAGCUUUCAGCUCAAGGAGCAGCAAUUCAAGGCUCUAGAGCAGCGAUUCAACGAUGCCCAGAAGAGAAUCAACAACUUUGAUGAAGAGCGGGACAAGUACAUCGCUACUAAAGAGCAGGAAAACAAAGCCACUUGCCAAGAGUUGACGAAAAAAGCAGAGGUACAAAAGGCAACACUGAAAUUGAAGCUUGAGUCCGAGGUCAAAAAUUUUGAGCAAAGAUGCAGAGAGAAGGAGUCGGAGCUCACCACUACCAAGGAGAAGCUGCAACGACUUCAAGCUGAGUAUGAUGCUUCUGUCAGUGCUUCGGCUAAUGCUCAAAAAGAUAUCGCUCAGCUCACGGAGAGAUCGAUGCAAACUUUGGCACAAAUGAGACAGCUGAGCGAGAGUAACAAGAAGAUCUCUACAAAUAUUUCCAAAGACCUCCAAUUCAUCAGAAAGGAGUCAAGCGAGAUUCAGAAAAUGUUCCAAACUGCUGUUGGCGAAACUGACCGAACCAUCGAGGCUGCUGCCAGAGAACAUAGAGAAGUCGAGGCAAAACUUCGAGCCGUCGCUUUACUGGAAAUCGAGAAGGACUCGCUCAAAGAGCAAAAUUUCGAUCUACAGAACAAGGUCGAGAGCUUGUCUGAAGCCUUAGCUCGACAAACUCAGCAAGAUACUGACGCCAGCCUUGGCAUAUAUCGGUCACAAGUGACUCAUGUACAGAGCUCGCCUGCGAACAUGCAUAUGAAAGGUCUGAAACCUUCUCGACCCCCUGGAAUUAAUUCCACUGCUGCUAUAGCUACGCCUGAGGAGACACUUCGUCAGCAAGUAAGAAAGGCCGAGCUGAGAGCCAGUUACGCCGCCGUGGCUUACAGCUCUUCCGCUUCCGCUACAAGAACCAACCUUACCACGCCACAGUUUCGAGAAAGAAGAAAUCAGGAACUAAACGGCUCCGGGUCUACUUCUCAGCACCCAUCUCGACUGCGAGCUUCACAGAGUGCCGAUACACCAGUCAAGCGCUUCUCAGAUAUCGCAUCAUCGUCCAUAGACACAAGUCCUCUUACUGAACCUGACUUGUUGGAGCACCGAUUUGGCUCCGACGACGGACCGGAUGUUGUGACCAAUGCCUCUGGGGAUCAAUCGCAGGUGACCCUUAUCAAGCGUACUGUCGGCGCAACAAAGGAGCCUAAUCCAGCGUCCGCAAAGCCCUUGAAGUCCGCCAUGAAAAGGCUAGCCACACAGGUAUCUGGGCAGAAUCGCAUCUCCUUCACCGAGUCUUCGAUCAAGGCCCAGGCAGAGAUGAGAGGGACAGACUCAAGCAACAUGCUUCCGCGCCAGGAGCGUCGUCCAGAGCACUUCCAGGGUGCUAUCAGUGGUAGUCGGGUUGGAUCAAAUGCUACAUCAAACCACCGACAACAGAACGGCGCGCCAGAGCUACCACCCGCCGACCGAUCACCUAUCCCACUCAUGGGGCUCCGCCUCAAUUUCAACAACAAGAGAAAUGCUUCAGAUGACGCAACUGGCCCGGCAAGAAAGCGCCGUUUAAGCACUGUUAACCGCAAGCCCUCGAGAUCCGUCAUCCCAGAUUCCCAAUAA